GCAAUUUCAACAAACACAAAAACAUUUUUAAUUUCCUAUUCAAUUAAGUGAAGCUUUCGUUGUAAUAAGGAUUUUAACUGCUCAACGUCCGAGACAAUGCCUUGGGUAAUGCAAACUGAGAAAAAACAUGUCCAGAGAUCAGAAAGGGUCAAGUCCUUGGAGCUCCAUCCAACUGAGCCGUGGAUUUUAGCAAGCUUGUAUACAGGAACUGUACAAAUAUGGAACUACCAAUCUCAAAGUAUGGAGAAGAACUAUCAAGUCUCACAAUCACCAGUCAGGUCAGCCAAGUUUAUCGCCCGUGAAAAAAGUAUUGUUGUCGGAGCAGAUGAUCAUUUCAUUCGAGUAUACAACUACACAACAGAGGAAAAGACUAGAGAAUUUAAAGCGCACGACGAUUUUAUCAGAUCAUUAGCUGUGCACCCUACUCUUCCUUAUGUGCUGUCAGGUUCUGAUGACAUGGUGAUUAAGCUUUGGGACUGGGAGAAAGACUGGGCUUGUACUCAGGUUUUUAAGGGGCAUAACCAUUAUGUGAUGCAAGUGGCCUUCAAUCUGAAAGAAAACCAGACGUUUACAAGUGUAUCACUUGACUGCACAAUGAAGAUGUGGAAUCUUAGCUCCUCUGAUCCGAUUCUCCAAGUCGAAGCGCAUUCAAAGGGGAUAAAUUGUGUUGAUUUCUUAAGUUGUGUUGAUAAACAAUAUCUAAUCACUGGAUCAGAUGAUCACACAGCUAAGGUGUGGGACUUGCAAACUCAAACUUGUGUCCGAAUUCUAGAAGGUCAUAAGAAUAAUAUUUCUGCACUGGCAAUGCAUCCAGAACUUCCUACUCUUUUUACAGGGUCCGAAGAUGGAACAUUUAGUGUGUGGGAUGCUACUAAUUACAGAUUACUCAACACACAAAUCUCUGAACUCGGGAGAGUUUGGGCAAUUGGAUUCGUACGCCUGGAAGGUUCUCACAUGCUCAUACUUGGCUGUGAUGAAGGAAUGACUGUGGGAAAGAUUGUAUGUUCAGAAAAUACUCCCGGGGAAAAUUGAGAGAUACUAUGAAGAAGCUUAUGUUUUUCUUUUGCUUUCUAGUUUCUGCCAUUAUUAUGUUUUUAGUUACCUGUACUAGGAUAUUGUAAAGCCAUUCUGUCUAUCUUGUCCUUCUUUUCUUUGGAAAUAAAGUUGAUUUUGUACAAGAAGCCUAGAGUA